AGAAGCUCAUAGCCAUCUCCAUCGGCAGCCUGCGCGGGCUGCGCACCAAGUGCGCGGUGUCCAACGACCUCACCCAGCAGGAGAUCCGGACGCUGGAGGCCAAGCUGGUCCGGUACAUCUGUAAGCAGCGGCAGUGCAAGCUGAGCGUGGCUCCCAGCGAGAGGACGCCGGAGCUCAAUAGCUACCCCCGUUUCAGCGACUGGCUGUACACCUUCAACGUGAGACCGGAGGUGGUACAGGAGAUCCCCCACGAGCUCACGCUGGAUGCCCUGCUGGAGAUGAACGAGGCCAAGGUGAAGGAGACGCUGCGGCGCUGCGGGGCCAGCGCUGAGGAGUGUGGCCGGCUGCAGUCCGCCCUCACCUGCCUGCGGAAGGUGACGGGCCUGGGAGGCGAGCACAAAGAGGACUCGGGCUGGAGUUCGCUGGAUGCUCGGCGGGAAAGUGGCUCGGGGCUUUCCACAGAUACCCUGUCUCCAGCCAGCCUGCCCUGGCCCCCAGGCAGCUCCCAGCUGUGCAGAGUGGGCUCCAGCGCCCAGGGCCCACGCUCCAUCUCCGUGUCAGCCCUCCCUGCCUCUGACUCCCCAGCUCCCGGCCUCAGCGAGGGCCUCUCGGACACCUGUAUCCCCCUGCACACCAGCGGCCGGCUGACCCCCCGUGCCCUGCACAGCUUCAUCACCCCUCCCACCACGCCCCAGCUGCGCCGGCACACCAAGCUCAAGCCGCCGCGGACACCGCCCCCGCCCAGCCGCAAGGUCUUCCAGCUGCUGCCCGGCUUCCCCACGCUUACCCGGAGCAAGUCCCACGAGUCUCAGCUGGGGAACCGCAUCGACGAGGUCUCCCCAAUGAGGUUUGAUCUCCCACACGGAUCCCCGCAGAUGGUACGAAGGGACAUCGGGCUCUCAGUGACACACAGGUUCUCCACCAAGUCCUGGCUGUCGCAGGUCUGCCACGUGUGCCAGAAGAGCAUGAUGUUCGGAGUGAAGUGCAAGCAUUGCAGGUUGAAGUGUCACAACAAGUGUACGAAAGAAGCCCCCGCCUGUAGGAUAUCCUUCCUCCCACGUCUCGCCCCUUUUCCAGCCGUCCCCAAGCUUCGGAGGACAGAGUCCGUCCCCUCGGACAUCAACAACCCAGUGGACAGAGCCGCUGAACCUCAUUUCGGAACUCUCCCCAAAGCGCUGACAAAGAAGGAGCACCCGCCAGCCAUGAACCACCUGGACUCCAGCAGCAACCCGUCUUCCACCACGUCCUCCACGCCCUCCUCGCCAGCGCCCUUCCCGACCUCGUCCAACCCAUCCAGUGCUACCACGCCCCCCAACCCCUCACCUGGCCAGCGGGACAGCAGGUUCAACUUCCCAGCUGCCUACUUCAUUCAUCAUAGACAGCAGUUUAUCUUCCCAGACAUCUCGGCCUUUCCUCAGGCAGCCCCGCUCCCUGAUGCCGCCGACAACACCCGGCUUGACAACCAGCCCAAAGCAGAUGUGUUGGAGGUUCACGAAGUGGAGGCCGAGGAACCAGAGCCUGGGAAGUCGGAGGCAGAAGAUGACGAGGAUGAGGUGGAUGACCUGCCAAGCUCCCGCCGACCUUGGAGGGGCCCCAUCUCUCGCAAGGCCAGCCAGACCAGCGUGUACCUGCAGGAGUGGGACAUCCCUUUCGAGCAGGUGGGGCUGGUGGGGCCCUUCGGGCAGGGCCGCUGGGGCCGGGUGCACCGUGGCCGCUGGCACGGCGAGGUGGCCAUCCGCCUGCUGGAGAUGGACGGCCACAACCAAGAUCACCUGAAGCUGUUCAAGAAGGAGGUGAUGAACUACCGGCAGACACGGCACGAAAACGUGGUGCUCUUCAUGGGGGCCUGCAUGAACCCUCCCCACCUGGCCAUCAUCACCAGCUUCUGCAAGGGGCGGACACUGCACUCAUUCGUGAGGGACCCCAAGACAUCUCUGGACAUCAACAAGACAAGACAGAUCGCCCAGGAGAUUAUCAAGGGCAUGGGGUAUCUGCACGCCAAGGGCAUUGUGCACAAAGAUCUCAAGUCUAAGAACGUCUUCUACGACAACGGCAAGGUGGUCAUCACAGACUUCGGGCUGUUUGGGAUCUCGGGCGUGGUCCGAGAGGGACGGCGAGAGAACCAGCUGAAGCUGUCACACGACUGGCUAUGCUACCUGGCCCCCGAAAUCGUGCGUGAAAUGACCCCUGGGAAGGAUGAGGACCAGCUGCCAUUCUCCAAAGCUGCUGAUGUCUAUGCAUUUGGGACUAUUUGGUAUGAGCUACAAGCAAGAGACUGGCCCUUUAAGAACCAACCUGCUGAGGCCUUGAUCUGGCAGAUUGGAAGCGGGGAAGGCAUGAAGCGGGUCCUGGCCUCCGUGAGCCUGGGAAAGGAAGUCAGCGAGAUCCUGUCGGCCUGCUGGGCUCCCGACCCUCAGGAGAGACCCAGCUUCAGCCUGCUGAUGGGCCGCCUGUCCCAUCCUGGGCACUUCUGGAAGUCAGCUGACAUUAACAGCAGCAAAGUUGUACCCCGGUUUGAAAGGUUUGGCUUGGGCGUCCUGGAGUCCAGUAACCCAAAGAUGUAGCCAGCUGUGCGGCUUUUCUGCCACCAGUCGCUUCCUUUUUAUUGAUGUGUUUUGGAAAAACACCCAAACCACCACCAGGACAAAAGGACACAGCCUGCCGGCGCUACAGACCAGGAGCAUGGGCCACCCUUCAGACUCCAUCCACGAAUCACUUGAGGCCCGAGACGGAGUCACACCACCAGCCACCAAGCCUGUCCCAACAGACAGCCGAUGUUUACAUGUGUGUUUGUGCUGCGUGAACUUGACGUUUUAUGUAGGUAAUAAUAAAAGCGGGCGUGCACAGGUGUGCUGGCGCCGUUGGCCGGGAUGGCAGACGGGGCUGCCCCCUCCGGAGGGUCCUGUAGGCAGUGAGGGGCCCACGCCGGGCUGAAGGAAGAAAAGCGUGGGGACUGUGGCAUUCGUGAGGUAGGGUGGGGGGCCUGCGAGGUUGAUCCAGCCUCUGCUUUGGCCUUAAAUCCCGUAGGCGGGGAAUCUGUAAGGUUCUGCCCUUAUCCAGGUAAGGGGACCCUGUUCCUUCCUUACCUUGCAGAGAAAACCCUGGCUAGCUACUGAGCUGGGUUGUGGGAGCUGGGAGUUCCCAGAGAGUUCGCAUUCACAAACUGGAUUAACCUGCAGUCCCACCUGCUCCUUCUGGAAAAGUUGAGGCAGACAAAAUGCAAAUUGCAUCUGAUCCCAGGGUACCUCGCAGAGGUUACGCUGCAAGGUUAGGAAUCUUGAAGAAGUGGUUUCUGUCAUGAAGCCACCAGGCAGGUACCGAGGCAGCAGGACUCAGGGUCUCAGCUUUCAGAUGCAUUUCAGCCCCACACUGACAUUUGACCCCAGAGCUCAGGGCCAGCACCUACAUGAGAGCUCAGUGCACGAGAACGAGGAAGACAACAGGGAGGAAGAAGACGGCAGGUCCCUGAGCCUCCAUUCCUAGCCUCAGAAUGACCCUGGCACUUCACAAACCCACUGUUAGUCCUACCAGAAGGUUCUAGAACAGCGCCCUCUUCUACUUCCCUAGUGCGUUGAACCCCAGCCGCCCACUCCUGUGUCCUCCGUCUUGCGCUGAGCUCAGGUGGGCACUUGCCCAUCCACCCUUUCUUGUACCUCACUCCAGCCCUGCACCUGCCGGGCCUUCCCAGACUUCCCACCUUUGUCCAUGUGAAGCAGAAGAGGGGCUGGGUUGGGGAGCACCUUUGUGUGAGGAACCACACUGUUAGAAACUGCCCCCAUAGAGAUAAGUCUCAAGUGGCAAAGAAGCCUUUGGUGGAGACUGGGCACGCUGGGCCCCAAAGCCAGAGGAGGGAAGGACAGUGGAGUGGAGGCGUGGCUAGAUGCAGGCCCAGAACACCUGUGACCACACUCUGUGGGCAGGAAGAGGCUAGGGGGCAGCAUGUGGCUCCCACCCUUUUAGCUGGACUCCCCUCCAAAGCCCCCUAAUCUUCAGAGCUGUCCAAGCACCUGUGUGUGGUCAAAACAGGACACAAAAUGGGCCACUCUGCUGGGAGCUGCAGGGUGGCCUCGCCGUUCUCCGGGCCAGGCUCCCAGGGAUAUUAGCAUCUUAUCCCUCUCCGGUCAGGGUGUGGGAGGUGGCAGGAGGAGCUGUAAGCCAGUGGGGUUCAGCCCUAGGGGUAAGGGAGAGUCUCUGUGGUGGGACUGUCUGCCCUGGGCCUCCCCUAUCAGCCCGCAGUGUGACCUCCCCACCCCAAAGCCACAUGGUGUAUGGCAGCCACCUCAUGGCUAAGUCAGAGGGGUCCCUGUAUGUGUGUCUGCAGCCUCUCAACUGUCCAUGUGACAGAGCCUUCCCUCAGUUGGGACUGGGUGACCGACUCCUCCCCAUGCCCUGACUCCCAGCCACAGUAGACAUCACAGCCCGCAGGUGUCACCGUUGGAGAAGCUCUUGGUCUUGUUCUGGUGGGCGACACCCAGGGUUAGGAGCUGUCAUGUUCACCCCCUUCAGAAACUGACGAUCUGGUGGGAGACUGAUAUCUGCUGAGAACCCAGCCACUUAGGCCCGAGAGUGGAGCUGAGGUACUGGGGACACCCCCCCGCCAUCCUCUCCAAGGCCUUGGGCAGCCUCCUGGCUCUCGCCCACCACCUCUGCACUGCCUGUCAUGUAAGAAAACUCCCUGCCAUUGUCCCCUCCACCCUCCUUUAUUUAAGUGACUGUGAAUCGGGGUCAGGAAGACGCAGCCCUCUGUGUACCCUCCGUCUGCAGACAUGAAGGACGACAGAUACUGUGAAUUCAGACUGCACAGCCCGCUGUGGGGGAGGUGGAGAAGGCUGGGAAGGCCGUGGUGGGAGCUCUCAGGCUGUGGAGGUCUCCACUGGGGUUGGGAGUGGAGCCUCAGCUGUGGCCCGUCAGGGCACCUCCAGCCCCCAGCCUUUCCCUGCUGCCUUUAACCACCAGAGCCGCAGCCUUCUGGGUUUCCUUCUAACUCGAAGUCUUGAAGCCUGGCUAGUUCUGGCCUAGUUACGAGCAGGGGUGGCUAGACCGACCUCUCCAUGUCACCUCGGCUACCCAUGGCAUUUCGUCCUGCGGCCACAGAGGGGAGUGGCCAGCCCUGUCAGCCCACUCUGCUGUGCUGAUUCGGGGGGUGACAUGGGCAAAGGCGUAAGCAUGAAAGCAGCCAGGGGCCCAGGCUCGGCUGUGACAACAGCCAGGAUGUCACUGGUGUGUGCAGACCCAGCGUCUUCUGUGGCCACAAGGCACACACUGCUUUUUUGAAUGUGAUGUCAAAUUUGUACAGUAAAAGUUUUUAUAUUUUCUAUGAACUGCGUUUGUCUUUCAGAAAUGCUAUUAAUUUAAAUUAAAAUGGUUAGAGUUAAUGAA